AUGACAACAACCGGCAGUAUACAUGAAUUGCGAGAAAAUAAUCGCUGUGGUAUAUGUAGACAAAAGGGCAUUUUUCAUUGUGAACAUGAUACACCAUAUCGUGAUAUAUAUUUGGGCGUAUUCGAUCCAACAGCACCAAGAAACAUUCUUAUCAAUACUGAAAAACCUAAGGUUUCACGUGGAGCACAAAAUAAUUCGGCAAGCCAUGGCGGUGAGAAUGCAAAUCAACCAGCGAAUAUCAAUGCCACCGGUCAACUUCACCAUGGGAAAAAGUCAAGAAAACCAGUAGCAACUAAAAAAACUCCAGCGAAUACAUCAGAACAGAAUAAAGAGAAAAAAGGAUGCACUAUUCUAUAA